UUUGACGGCCCCCGAGAAUCCUCUUCGUUUUUCUCUCUUUGCUUCUGCCUUUUAUUAUAACCAGUUCACUUGUUGCUGGACAAAAAAGGAACACCUCUAUCUAAGACCUGGGUUGUGUUCGGAUCUUCUGUCACGGCCACAUAUUCCAAGGAAAACUUCGGUUUUUCUUGACUUUGGAGUCAUAAAGUCAGAGCUUAAGGUUCAUUUUCUUGCUGUUAUCAUGGAUUCCCCGCAGUCAGUCGUCUCACCGUUCAAGAACUCUGUUGUGGGUGAGCCUGAGAACCAGACACCCAAGUUUUCCGGUGGGAAUGCGGGUGGUUUAUCGUCGAAUGGGUCCGAGGUUAACAGACAGGAACAGAAUUCCAUUGGUGUUCUUGAGGUUUAUGUUCAUCAGGCAAGAGACAUCCAAAACAUAUGCAUUUACCACAAGCAGGAUGUGUAUGCAAAGCUUUGUCUCACCUCUGAUCCUGAGAGCACAGUUCUCACCAAGAUCGUCAAUGGUGGCGGGAGGAAUCCGGUGUUCAACGAUAACCUACGUCUCGAUGUCCGAACCAUUGACUCGUCUCUCAAAAUCGAGAUUUUCAUGAUGAGUAGAGUGAGGAAUUAUCUUGAAGACCAGUUGCUGGGAUUUGUAUUGGUGCCACUUUCCGAAGUGCUUCUCAAGAAUGGCAAGUUGGAGAAAGAAUUCUCUCUUUCUUCGACCGAUCUGUUCCAUUCGCCUUCAGGUUUCGUCCAGUUGUCUCUUGCAUGCGCUGGAUUGUCUCCUGAAGUAAUGGCCAUUCCUGCAAUGCCUGUAGAUGUGGUGGCUGCUGAUGAAACUCUGAAGGAUUCGGAAACAAACGAGCGUGACUUGGAAAAGAUUGAGUUUCCGGAUCCGAAAAUUGUGAAUGAGAACCAGAUGAUGGUUUCUGAGUAUUAUUAUGGGAUCCCAUGUUCGAAUUUGGACUCCGAAAGUUCGGAAAGUUUUGUCACUGCUGAUGCUGAGAAUCAAAUUAGUUCAGACAUGGGUGUUCAUGUAGUGGAGAGCUUCUCAACUGCUACUGCCGAUUCCAUCCAAGCCCCCAAGCUUGAUUCUCCUCCAAGCAGUGUGUCAACUAACGGGGUUUCAUCUCCACCGGCCGCUGCCAGUUUUGAGUCCGCUGAUGGUCUGGCUGCUUCAAAAACCUCUACUCAGGAACACACGUCAUCCCCGAAAGAGAAGAGCGCGGAUGACGGAGAUGUUGACAGCCAUUCCUCUGCAGCACAAAGCGAUUCCUCCAUGAAACCCGUUGUUUCCGUCAAUAUUGAGCCCGAGCAGAAGUUGGUGCAGCAAGACAUAGUGGACAUGUACAUGAAAAGCAUGCAGCAAUUCACCGAGUCAUUAGCUAAGAUGAAACUGCCACUGGACAUCGACAGCGGACCGACCAAAUCUGAGAGUUCAAACACCACCAACCAGAAAAUUCAGGCAUCGAAAAACACCGGCUCUCGGGUUUUCUAUGGAAGUAGGGCUUUUUUCUAAGCUUCCCGAUCCUCCGCUCAAAGGAAGAUUCACAAAUGACUAGAAAUUUAGGGUGAAGACAGGAGACUAAUGCUACUAAUAGUGAAAUGUAAUAAUGUAUCAUGUGGUCUUUUCAUUGUAACUUUGUACUGUUUAUUUAGCUUUCU